AUCGAAGUGGUGGUUUUAAGGAAUCUUCAUACUACACACCACCAAGGGUCUGACAAGGAGGCUACUGGAAAGCUACAGGGACAUAGGAAAACACUGGAGACUUGUUAGAGUUCCCUCACACAUUGACCAUUAACCCAAAUUAGCUACUGUAACUUUACACUCUCGUCAGAUCUGAUAUUGGCACUUUUGACUUGGACCCUGUGACCCUAUGCAACUGUGUUUGCUUCUGUCUCUCUCCUUUCCCCAAGCUGGGCUCAACCAGGGACCCUGUGAACACAUCGACAACUGUCACCCACGAAGCAUCUUUACCCCGUCGCUCCACAAAAGCAGAGCAAGGAAAUACAACUACAACUAGGUAGCCAUUUCACAUCGGCUGUACCUACUGUACACCACUCUACUGGAAAACUACAGUGGACACGGAAAAACACAGGAGACUCGUAGAGCGCUCUCACACAUUAACCAUGUGUUUCAGAUCAGACACUGGAGUGAAGAUACAAACACCCAACCAGUGAAUUCAAGUGGACAACUGAAUAACUGUGUUCACGCUACAGAAUAAGCAUUGGUUCAGAGUGCUAGAACCUCGGGCUAAAACACACUGGACUAAACUGAAAACCAGAGGUUGAUCUACUACUGAGCUAAACUACUGCUGAGAGCUGAGCAUGCCAGAGGAGGGUAUGGAGGACAACAAGGUGGGAGAGGAGAGACCCAAGUGGAACAACAAGGCAGAGUACCUGCUGACCUGCAUUGGCUUCGCUGUUGGAGUGGGGAACGUGUGGCGCUUCCCCUACCUCUGCCAGAUUUACGGAGGGGGUGCGUUUCUGAUCCCCUACCUGAUAGCCCUGGUGUUUCAGGGUCUGCCUCUGCUCUACUUGGAGCUGGCUAUAGGACAGAGGCUCCGCAUGGGCAGCAUCGGAGUCUGGAACUCCAUAUCACCCUACCUGGGAGGAGUAGGUGUAGCCUCUAUGGUGGUGUCCUUCUGUGUGAGUCUGUUCUACAACACUAUCUUGGCCUGGGUCCUCUGGUACCUCUUCAACUCCUUCCAGGAACCCCUGCCCUGGAGCCAAUGUCCCCUCAACCACAACAACACAGGGUACGUGGAGGAGUGUGUAGAAAGCACGCCGGUCAACUACUUCUGGUACCGUCAGACCCUGAACAUCACUCCUAACAUGGAGACCAGUGGCUCUCUACAGUGGUGGAUGGUGGUCAGCUUAGCUACCGCCUGGUCUAUCCUUUACAUCUGUUUUAUCAGGGGGAUCGAGACCAUCGGCAAGGCUGUGUAUGUAACAGCAACGUUCCCCUACCUGGUACUAACCAUCUUCAUGGUGAGAGCCCUGACCCUACCUGGAUCAUCUGAAGGUCUAAUGUAUCUGUUCACACCUGAUUGGGAGAUCCUGAAGGACCCGCAGGUAUGGCUGGAUGCUGCUACUCAGAUCUUCUUCUCUCUGUCAGUUGCCUUUGGUGGACUCAUCUCAUUCUCCAGUUACAACAGCCAGAAGAAUGACUGUGAAAGGGAUGCUGUUUUAGUGGGGGUUAUAAACAGUGCUACAUCAAUCUAUGCCUCCAUCCCCAUCUUUGCCAUCCUGGGAUUCAAGGCCCACACCAACUAUGUCACCUGUCUGAAUGGUAACAUCUUAGCACUGACCAAUGAGUUUGAUAUUGGCGACAUGAACAUAACAGUUGAAAACUACGAGCAGUGGUUUGACUCUUUAAAUGGGACACAACCAUCCAGAGUAUCCGAUCUCAACCUGAAGACAUGCGACCUGCAAACCUUCUUGGAUCAGAGUGCGUCUGGUACUGGGUUAGCGUUCAUCGUGUUCACAGAAGCGGUGAUAUCGAUGCCUGGCUCUCAGGUGUGGGCUGUGCUCUUCUUCAUCAUGCUGUUCAGUCUGGGUCUGUCCUCCAUGUUUGGUAAUCUGGAGGGCGUCCUCACGCCCCUUCAUGACCUCAAACUGGUACCCAAGUGGAUGCCCAAUGAGCUCUUCACAGCAAUAAUCUGCCUGGUAUCGUUCCUGGUGGCUCUGAUAUUCUGUCUGGGUUCAGGGAACUACUGGUUGGAGGUCUUUAACAGUUACGUGGGCUCCGUUCCUUUUCUCAUCAUCGCCUUCUUUGAGAUCAUCGCUGUGGCAUACAUCUACGGAAUAGGACGGUUCAGUGAUGACUUGGAGUUCAUGACAGGACGUAGACCCAACAUCUUCUGGAAAGUCUGCUGGUUGGUCAUCAGCCCUCUGAUGCUGUUGGUGGUGUUGGUGGCGUACGUUGCCGUCCAGGCCCAGACACACCCCACCUACCCAGCAUGGAAUCCUGACUAUGUGAACUUCCCCGAAACAGAGGUUCUGCCGUAUCCAGACUGGGUGUUUGCCAUCUGUGUCCUGCUGUCUUCAGUACCAGUUAUCUCCAUCCCCCUGGUGGCCAUCUACAGACUCAUCUGCUGCAUGUCAGGAAGACACUCUAAUGACAGUCUCCACAACGAUCUGAAUCCUUAUGCCAACGAAGGCUACGUUGUAGAGAGCUAGAACCUAAAAGACUCUGUACUUCCUGUUUGAGCUUUUAUUGUAAACAGGAAUCAGGAGGAUAUAAUUAUGGUCAUGUUUGUUAAAGGGAUGGAGAGAGAGCCGUGUAAUGCGUUUGGAGUAAAAGGUGACCAAGAACUUUGUCGCUUCUCGGUGCACAGGUGACAUGCUGGUAAAAAAAUGAGGUAAAACGGAUUACAGUUUGCUUGCAUUAAAAAAUAUAUAUAUAU